AUGUCAGCUGAUACUACUACUGCCGCCCCAGUCAACACUGCCCCAGUUGCCUCACCAUCCAAAUUAUUCGUUGGUAACUUGUCAUUCAGUCUCAAGGAAACCGAUUUGACUGAGAAAUUCUCUGUUUAUGGAUCUGUUGUUAGCUCAAGAAUUAUCACAAAGAGAGGAUCAUCAUUGGGAUAUGGAUUCGUCGAAAUGGACAGCGAAGCAGCUGCUCAGAAAGCUAUUGAUGCCCUCAACAAGAUUGAGAUUGAUGGUAGAGCCAUCAACGUCGAGUUGACCAAAGAAAGAAGCACUGAGCCACGUCAAGUCAGAACAACCACCAAGAGCACCCGUAAGCCACGUGGAACCCGUAAGCCAAAAACCAACGGUUCCACCGCCGCUACUGAGAGCACCUCGCCAGCCACCUCACCAGCUGCCACCACCCCAGUCACCGCCGACAAGCCAAAGAAGCGUCGUGCCAACAACGCCAGAGACUCAACUGCCACCGGUACCACCGCCACCUCUGAGAGAAAGCCACGUGCCGAAAGAGGAGAGAGAAAGCCAGCCGCCCCAAAGCAACCAUCUGACAACACCUUGUACGUCACCAACAUCCCAUUCUCUGUUGGAAACGACCAAUUGUUGGAGAUCUUCAAGGAGUACGCACCAAAGGCCGCCCACAUCGUCUUCAACACCCGUUUCAACAAGUCCAAGGGAUUCGGUUUCGUCGAGUUCAACAACUCUGCUGACCAACAAAAGGCUCUCGCUUUGAACAAAGAAGGAAGUCGAAGGUCGACCCAACUUUAA